GUUCUUCCCUUCCUCCCUCUUCUUCCUUCUCAAAGCUUAAGCCACUUUCCUGAGCCCUACCCACUAUAAAACCCCACGCACUCCCUCUUCCCCUCUCUUGUAGGAGAGAUCUCAAACACAGAAGAGGUGGGAGACACAUGGCCACUGCUUACUACCAUCACAACGGCCCUCACUGCGACUCUCCCUACUCCCCAUCCCCUCCCUUGCCGCUCCACCUCUGUCUCUUCCUCCUCACCCUCUUCAUCUUCGUGGGCCUCUCGUGGUACAUGGCCUACGAGUCGGUGUUCGAGAGCCUGCUGGAUCAGCUCAAGCUCUUGCUCAUGGCGUCACCGCUGCUGCUCCUCCUGGUCGUCCACUGGUUGUCCAACGACGAGCGGCGGAGGGUGCCCUUCUUCAUCCCCCUGCCCGAGAGGGAGUCCUUCCACCGGGCCGGGGGAUCGCCUUGGGGCGUCGGCCUCCUUGUCGUCCUCCUCAUGUUCAUGAUCUCCUACCAGUCCUACUUCCACGAGCGCUGGUUCCCGCUACUGAGCCGAUGAGGCUGAUGUCGGAAACAUGAACAAGCUGUUUUCUAGCUCUUAUGUACUUGGAUGUGUAUGUCGUUGGAGAUGUAGGCCUUGCAUGCAUAAGAAGGCACUGUUCUUGCUCUCUUGAGGGCUUUCUGUUUUCUCGAAUGCUUGAGGUCGAGGAGGAUCGUCUAAAAACCUUGUUUUUCUGUGUC